UACCCAGUCACCUCAUCAGGUGUUCCAGCUCCAGUCACUACUGUUGUAUCCUCUGGUAGCUACACCGAAACCGACGUCAUCUCUUUCUACACCACUACCGACUCUGAAGGUGAAGUCGUUACCACUUCUACCACCUACCCAGUCACCUCAUCAGGUGUUCCAGCUCCAGUCACUACUGUUGUAUCCUCUGGUAGCCACACCGAAACCGAUGUCAUCUCUUUCUACACCACUACCGACUCUGAAGGUGAAGUCGUUACCACUUCUACCACCUACCCAGUCACCUCAUCAGGUGUUCCAGCUCCAGUCACUACUGUUGUAUCCUCUGGUAGCCACACCGAAACCGACGUCAUCUCUUUCUACACCACUACCGACUCUGAAGGUGAAGUCGUUACCACUUCUACCACCUACCCAGUCACCUCUUCUGGUGUUCCAGCUCCAGUCACUACUGUUGUAUCCUCUGGUAGCCACACCGAAACCGACGUCAUCUCUUUCUACACCACUACCGACUCUGAAGGUGAAGUCGUUACCACUUCUACCACCUACCCAGUCACCUCUUCUGGUGUUCCAGCUCCAGUCACUACAGUUGUAUCCUCUGGUAGCCACACCGAAACCGAUGUCAUCUCUUUCUACACCACUACCGACUCUGAAGGUGAAGUCGUUACCACUUCUACCACCUACCCAGUCACCUCAUCAGGUGUUCCAGCUCCAGUCACUACUGUUGUAUCCUCUGGUAGCCACACCGAAACCGAUGUCAUCUCUUUCUACACCACUACCGACUCUGAAGGUGAAGUCGUUACCACUUCUACCACCUACCCAGUCACCUCAUCAGGUGUUCCAGCUCCAGUCACUACUGUUGUAUCCUCUGGUAGCCACACCGAAACCGAUGUCAUCUCUUUCUACACCACUACCGACUCUGAAGGUGAAGUCGUUACCACUUCUACCACCUACCCAGUCACCUCUUCUGGUGUUCCAGCUCCAGUCACUACUGUUGUAUCCUCUGGUAGCCACACCGAAACCGACGUCAUCUCUUUCUACACCACUACCGACUCUGAAGGUGAAGUCGUUACCACUUCUACCACCUACCCAGUCACCUCAUCAGGUGUUCCAGCUCCAGUCACUACUGUUGUAUCCUCUGGUAGCCACACCGAAACCGACGUCAUCUCUUUCUACACCACUACCGACUCUGAAGGUGAAGUCGUUACCACUUCUACCACCUACCCAGUCACCUCAUCAGGUGUUCCAGCUCCAGUCACUACAGUUGUAUCCUCUGGUAGCCACACCGAAACCGAUGUCAUCUCUUUCUACACCACUACCGACUCUGAAGGUGAAGUCGUUACCACUUCUACCACCUACCCAGUCACCUCUUCUGGUGUUCCAGCUCCAGUCACUACUGUUGUAUCCUCUGGUAGCCACACCGAAACCGACGUCAUCUCUUUCUACACCACUACCGACUCUGAAGGUGAAGUCGUUACCACUUCUACCACCUACCCAGUCACCUCAUCAGGUGUUCCAGCUCCAGUCACUACUGUUGUAUCCUCUGGUAGCCACACCGAAACCGAUGUCAUCUCUUUCUACACCACUACCGACUCUGAAGGUGAAGUCGUUACCACUUCUACCACCUACCCAGUCACCUCUUCUGGUGUUCCAGCUCCAGUCACUACUGUUGUAUCCUCUGGUAGCCACACCGAAACCGAUGUCAUCUCUUUCUACACCACUACCGACUCUGAAGGUGAAGUCGUUACCACUUCUACCACCUACCCAGUCACCUCUUCUGGUGUUCCAGCUCCAGUCACUACUGUUGUAUCCUCUGGUAGCCACACCGAAACCGACGUCAUCUCUUUCUACACCACUACCGACUCUGAAGGUGAAGUCGUUACCACUUCUACCACCUACCCAGUCACCUCAUCAGGUGUUCCAGCUCCAGUCACUACUGUUGUAUCCUCUGGUAGCCACACCGAAACCGAUGUCAUCUCUUUCUACACCACUACCGACUCUGAAGGUGAAGUCGUUACCACUUCUACCACCUACCCAGUCACCUCUUCUGGUGUUCCAGCUCCAGUCACUACUGUUGUAUCCUCUGGUAGCCACACCGAAACCGAUGUCAUCUCUUUCUACACCACUACCGACUCUGAAGGUGAAGUCGUUACCACUUCUACCACCUACCCAGUCACCUCUUCUGGUGUUCCAGCUCCAGUCACUACAGUUGUAUCCUCUGGUAGCCACACCGAAACCGACGUCAUCUCUUUCUACACCACUACCGACUCUGAAGGUGAAGUCGUUACCACUUCUACCACCUACCCAGUCACCUCUUCUGGUGUUCCAGCUCCAGUCACUACUGUUGUAUCCUCUGGUAGCCACACCGAAACCGAUGUCAUCUCUUUCUACACCACUACCGACUCUGAAGGUGAAGUCGUUACCACUUCUACCACCUACCCAGUCACCUCAUCAGGUGUUCCAGCUCCAGUCACUACAGUUGUAUCCUCUGGUAGCCACACCGAAACCGAUGUCAUCUCUUUCUACACCACUACCGACUCUGAAGGUGAAGUAGUUACCAUUUCGACAACAUAUUUAAUUUCUGAUGUAUGUACUGAUGUUAGGAUUACUUCGAGUAUUAAUGCUUCCAUUAGUUGUACGUCAUUCAUUUCGAGCAUUUCAAAAAUUGCUUCUAUUAAUGCAGAUAAAUCUGUUACUAUAAGAACUUCCCUAUCUUUAGAAUCUCUAAGUUUAACUCAAAAUACUAUUGCCGCUUCUACCACCUACCCAGUCACCUCUUCUGGUGUUCCAGCUCCAGUCACUACAGUUGUAUCCUCUGGUAGCCACACCGAAACCGAUGUCAUCUCUUUCUACACCACUACCGACUCUGAAGGUGAAGUCGUUACCACUUCUACCACCUACCCAGUCACCUCAUCAGGUGUUCCAGCUCCAGUCACUACAGUUGUAUCCUCUGGUAGCCACACCGAAACCGAUGUCGUCUCUUUCUACACCACUACCGACUCUGAAGGUGAAGUCGUUACCACUUCUACCACCUACCCAGUCACCUCAUCAGGUGUUCCAGCUCCAGUCACUACAGUUGUAUCCUCUGGUAGCCACACCGAAACCGAUGUCAUCUCUUUCUACACCACUACCGACUCUGAAGGUGAAGUCGUUACCACUUCUACCACCUACCCAGUCACCUCUUCUGGUGUUCCAGCUCCAGUCACUACUGUUGUAUCCUCUGGUAGCCACACCGAAACCGAUGUCAUCUCUUUCUACACCACUACCGACUCUGAAGGUGAAGUCGUUACCACUUCUACCACCUACCCAGUCACCUCAUCAGGUGUUCCAGCUCCAGUCACUACUGUUGUAUCCUCUAGUAGCUACACCGAAACCGACGUCAUCUCUUUCUACACCACUACCGACUCUGAAGGUGAAGUCGUUACCACUUCUACCACCUACCCAGUCACCUCAUCAGGUGUUCCAGCUCCAGUCACUACUGUUGUAUCCUCUGGUAGCCACACCGAAACCGACGUCAUCUCUUUCUACACCACUACCGACUCUGAAGGUGAAGUCGUUACCACUUCUACCACCUACCCAGUCACCUCUUCUGGUGUUCCAGCUCCAGUCACUACUGUUGUAUCCUCUGGUAGCCACACCGAAACCGAUGUCAUCUCUUUCUACACCACUACCGACUCUGAAGGUGAAGUCGUUACCACUUCUACCACCUACCCAGUCACCUCAUCAGGUGUUCCAGCUCCAGUCACUACUGUUGUAUCCUCUGGUAGCCACACCGAAACCGAUGUCAUCUCUUUCUACACCACUACCGACUCUGAAGGUGAAGUCGUUACCACUUCUACCACCUACCCAGUCACCUCUUCUGGUGUUCCAGCUCCAGUCACUACUGUUGUAUCCUCUGGUAGCCACACCGAAACUGAUGUCAUCUCUUUCUACACCACUACCGACUCUGAAGGUGAAGUCGUUACCACUUCUACCACCUACCCAGUCACCUCUUCUGGUGUUCCAGCUCCAGUCACUACUGUUGUAUCCUCUGGUAGCCACACCGAAACCGAUGUCAUCUCUUUCUACACCACUACCGACUCUGAAGGUGAAGUCGUUACCACUUCUACCACCUACCCAGUCACCUCAUCAGGUGUUCCAGCUCCAGUCACUACUGUUGUAUCCUCUGGUAGCCACACCGAAACCGACGUCAUCUCUUUCUACACCACUACCGACUCUGAAGGUGAAGUCGUUACCACUUCUACCACCUACCCAGUCACCUCAUCAGGUGUUCCAGCUCCAGUCACUACUGUUGUAUCCUCUGGUAGCCACACCGAAACCGAUGUCAUCUCUUUCUACACCACUACCGACUCUGAAGGUGAAGUCGUUACCACUUCUACCACCUACCCAGUCACCUCUUCUGGUGUUCCAGCUCCAGUCACUACUGUUGUAUCCUCUGGUAGCCACACCGAAACCGACGUCAUCUCUUUCUACACCACUACCGACUCUGAAGGUGAAGUCGUUACCACUUCUACCACCUACCCAGUCACCUCUUCUGGUGUUCCAGCUCCAGUCACUACAGUUGUAUCCUCUGGUAGCCACACCGAAACCGAUGUCAUCUCUUUCUACACCACUACCGACUCUGAAGGUGAAGUCGUUACCACUUCUACCACCUACCCAGUCACCUCUUCUGGUGUUCCAGCUCCAGUCACUACUGUCGUAUCCUCUGGUAGCCACACCGAAACCGAUGUCAUCUCUUUCUACACCACUACCGACUCUGAAGGUGAAGUCGUUACCACUUCUACCACCUACCCAGUCACCUCUUCUGGUGUUCCAGCUCCAGUCACUACUGUUGUAUCCUCUGGUAGCCACACCGAAACCGACGUCAUCUCUUUCUACACCACUACCGACUCUGAAGGUGAAGUCGUUACCACUUCUACCACCUACCCAGUCACCUCAUCAGGUGUUCCAGCUCCAGUCACUACUGUUGUAUCCUCUGGUAGCCACACCGAAACCGACGUCAUCUCUUUCUACACCACUACCGACUCUGAAGGUGAAGUCGUUACCACUUCUACCACCUACCCAGUCACCUCAUCAGGUGUUCCAGCUCCAGUCACUACUGUUGUAUCCUCUGGUAGCCACACCGAAACCGAUGUCAUCUCUUUCUACACCACUACCGACUCUGAAGGUGAAGUCGUUACCACUUCUACCACCUACCCAGUCACCUCUUCUGGUGUUCCAGCUCCAGUCACUACUGUUGUAUCCUCUGGUAGCCACACCGAAACCGACGUCAUCUCUUUCUACACCACUACCGACUCUGAAGGUGAAGUCGUUACCACUUCUACCACCUACCCAGUCACCUCAUCAGGUGUUCCAGCUCCAGUCACUACUGUUGUAUCUUCUGGUAGCCACACCGAAACCGAUGUCAUCUCUUUCUACACCACUACCGACUCUGAAGGUGAAGUCGUUACCACUUCUACCACCUACCCAGUCACCUCUUCUGGUGUUCCAGCUCCAGUCACU